AUGAUUCCAAUUUAUUUUGAUUUAAUAAUAAGUGGUUCAUAUGAUUUAUUAAUAGAACAUAGUUGUAAAUUAUUAAGUCAAUUUAUUUAUAAUUCAUCAAAAUUUGUUCGUUCAUUAGGACAAACAAGUAUUGAAUUAAUAAGUUUUGUUCGAAAUGCACGUUUACCAUUAUUAUCAUCAAAUAUUGUUAAAUCUGAUUUAAUUGAAGAAAAAGAUGAAGAAACAUUGGAAAUUAUUCAAUUAAUUCCAUCAUUAGCUGGUGGAUUUCCAUAUUUAUCAUAUAUAAAAAAUGCUCGUUAUAAUAGUCGUGAUGCUGUAUGGUGGUGGUUAUGUUCAAUAUCAAUAUAUACGAAAUUAGUACCUAAUGGUUAUAAUAUACUUAAUGAUAAAGUUUCACGUUUAUAUCCAAAUGAUUAUAAACGUGGAUUUGGAUAUAAUUUAGAUUCAUGUAUGAAAGAUGAAGGAUUUAUUAUUGAAAUAAGUAUUGAUCAAAAAACUGGUUUUGUUUAUGGUGGAAAUCGUUGGAAUUGUGGUACAUGGAUGGAUAAAAUGGGUUCAAGUGAAAAAGCAAUGAAUAAAGGUCAUCCAGCAACACCACGUGAUGGUUCAGCUAUUGAAUUAGUUGCUUUAUGUCGAACAACUAUUUCAUGGAUUAUUCAAAUGAAUAAACAAAAUUAUUUUCCAUAUGAUUCUAUUAAAAUAUCUUCAGAUUCUUCUGGUAAAACAAAAUUAUUUUUUACUGAUUGGUUAAAUCGUAUUGAUGAAAAUUUUGAAAAAGAAUUUUGGAUUGAUCAAUCAAAUUUAUCUGAAUAUGUUAAUAGAAAACAAAUUUAUAAAGAUACAAUUAAUUCAACACUUAAAUGGACUGAUUUUCAAUUAAGACCCAAUUUUAUUAUUGCUUCUGUUAUUGCUCCUGAAAUGUUUAAUAAAACUCAUAUAUGGUUAGCAUUAAAACAAGUUGAAACAAUACUUUUAGGUAAAUAUGGAAUAAAAACACUUGAUCCAAGUGAUUAUAAUUAUGUUGGUGAUUAUAAUUAUGAUGAUGAUUCAUAUGAUUAUAAAUGUGCACAUGGUUUUAAUUAUCAUAAUGGUCCUGAAUGGUUAUGGUUAACUGGUUAUUAUAUACGUGCUAAACUUUAUUGGUCAAAAAAAAACAAAAUAAUUCAAAUAUAUAUGAUAAUACAAUAA